AUGGCACCAACACCUUCGGACAAAAAAAAAAAGCGUCAAACUGUCGCACAAAAUCUUCGAAAAAGUAACGAAAAUAAAGAAAAUGUAAUUCCGUGUACCCCCUCGGUCUCUAAUCCGAAAUCCCCAUUCUUUACCCUGAGAGAAAGUCGUCUUUUCAACGUCACUAACACACCAAAACGAGGAAUAUCCGAAUCACCUGUCGACACGACACCUCGUACACCUCACAAUGUUUAUUCGUACAAAAAACGUGAAUUUACGGGUCCGUCUUGCGAAAAACUAUCGUCAUACGCAUCAAAAACGGCCAAAGACCAUACGAAAAAUGUCAGCGACCAUUAUCAAGUUAUUCAUAACUCCCUUUUGAUAGAAUUGAUGAAACAAACAGUAUGUGAGAGAUGUCAAUCAAAAUGGAAUGGCGAUUUGGCAACAGCAAACAGAGAAGGUUUAUAUUGUUCUCUCGUAUUUACGUGUAAAUGUGGCCAUAUGAUCAAAAUUGGUACGUCGAAAUGUUGUCCACAAACAAAAAUGCGAGAUGUGAAUAUUCGAUGUGUAAUUGCCAAUCUCGCUGGUAUUGGCCAUCAAGGUCUGGCAAAAUUAUUUGGAAUUUUAAACGUGCCACCUUCCAUCGACGAUGAUCAUUAUUCACACACCGUCGCUCAUGUCCUGCCCAGUCUCCGAGCUCAUCAACAAAACUCUAUGUCGGCAGCCGUUGAGAAGGCUUGCACUGAAUCAGGCAGUCGACAAUUGAGCGUAAGUGGAGACGGCAGUUGGCAGCGUCGUGGAUUUUCAAGUUUGAAUGGCGUAGCCGCGAUCAUGUCCAGUUCAACAACCGCCAAAGUGCUAGAUAUUGAACGGAUGUCGAAGAAGUGUUCAACGUGUAUUGGCGCCCUCAGUAUCAAACAUGUGAGCAGGGAAAAAUAUGAAGCAAUUAUCAACAAGCACAAUUGUGAAAUGAAUCAUACAGGAUCAUCCGGUGCAAUGGAGGUGGAUGGGAUUUAUCGCCUAUUUGAACGUUCCCAACAUCUGUACAAUGUUCAAUACGUCAAUUACAUUGGUGAUGGCGAUGCCAAAAUUCUUCCAAAAUUACUCAACAAUCCACCGUACGACAACAUAACUAUCAACAAGAUCGAAGACAUCAACCAUUUUUCCAAGAAAAUGUUACAUCGACUGCAAAAAAUUGCACAAGAUUUGAAGCAAACAAAAAUCGAUGGAAAAAAUGAUAUGAUGACCAAUUUUAAAUAUUAUUAUCGUCAAGCAGUCGUACGAAAUAAAACAAAUCUCGAUGAAAUGGUUAAAUCAGUUUGGGCUAUAUGGAAACAUAAAGCAUCGACUGAUUUAGAACCGCAUCAUGAGUGGUGCUCACCGAUAUUUUGUGGAUUUACGAAAGCAUGGGAAGAAGAUAAAGAAUAUGAUCAUACAAAACACAGUCUCCCACUGGCUGUGAUGAAUGCUAUCCGUCCAGUAUUCACAGAAUUAGCUAGUCGUGCUACUCUAAAUAGAGUGCUCAAUGGGAGCUCUGAAAAUGCGAAUGAAAGUUUUCAUUCCAUUUUAUGGAGUUUUGCUCCAAAAAAUCGAUAUUCUCCCGGCACAAUCAUCGACGUAUGUGUGGCACUCGCCGUACUCGUGUACAACGAUGGUUAUCAAUCAAUUAUUCCAGUGGUCGAACAGCUGACAGGUGGUGAAGGUGGCUAUUAUACAAGACUGGGAAUGGAAAGAUUCGAUAAACUUCGAGUUUAUUACGAACACAAAAAGAAACGCAAAGAAGACGUGAGAGCAAAAAUGAGCGUAGAAGAACGAAAACAACAACAAGACGACGAUGAACAGUUGGACGACGCCUACUUGCCCCGUGCAUAUUAG